CAUUUGAAGAGACUGGUCGAUAGAGGGACUGUGUCUACUAAAACAAGAAAGAAAGAGGUCGCUCUGUGGGCAGAUUCGGAAGAGAUCAUUACUUUCCAGUGGUGCUGCGACGAGUACACCUACACACAUCCCCGUAUAAAGAUGGAAAUUACGUUUUACGAACUCGUUUGUUCGAUAUGGGGUUUGAGACCUGGGGAGGUCGUUGAGUCUAGCGGCCACCGCGGUUCGAAUGAGGGCUUUAAGUACAAGGACAUUAGGUUAUCCCUCUGUCCGCACAAAGCAUCAGGAACCUUACGAUAUCAGAUCGCUCUCACACUCCGCAACCGCAAAUUUCAGCGUAAGAACGAGGGCAGCCUGCCUGUAAUAAUGCUCUACGAAGAACUCGACCCCGAGAGAUACUUCGUAUGCCCGUACAGAUGGUUCAUGAGCUUGGCGUUACCGGAUGAAGUAUUUGUUGAGUACAACGACCCUGCUGAAUUCGAUAAACGCUGGAUCCGAACUGGCACCAACUCAAGGCAAUAUCACAUCAAAGAGGAUAAGAUGGAGCUGCCUAUUCUCCGGAAAUUGGAGGGAAAUAAGAUUUCCGAAACUGAAAUCAUGUCAGCUACUUCCAUCGGGAAAUAUCUAAGGCAGCUCGGGGAGCGAUGUGGUUAUGAGGAACCGCUCACAUACUAUACAUUUCGACGCGGUUUCGGCAAUGGGGUUGAAGGUAAGUGUCAUCAUGAACUCAUCCGGGCAACGCUGAGUAUAACCUCUUAG